AUGUCGAAUUCCCUGAGUAUGCUGCGAAUUGGUCGUUCGUUACUGGAAAUCUUGUUGCUCCUGACAGCCGCUGUAUCGGGGAUAGUUGUUACAGCCUGUGUCCUACUCACGACGAAUGACUUCAAAGGCAAAUGUCUGCUGUAUAGCUACGUGUCUGAUGUAAGGGUUGGAGAAGACCCUACAUACAUUGUAAGGUGGACAGGUCUAGCGAACUGUCGCUUUAUCACCAUAGUACAGGUUGCAGCAGUUAUUUUUGCCAUCAUCAACAUUGGAAUACAGGGUUAUUAUAUCAUAAAGAGCAAAACACAUGGAACUAGCAAAAUCCCCUUGCUAUUUACUGGUCUCUACACCGUCACGUGGACCUUUAUACUGGUAUCAUCUUGUAUAUUAUCUGUGGGAUUCAGCGAGUACUGUGGGUCAUGGCUAAAAGCUUUUGAAGAAGCAGGGGAACCAUUUUUGGAUCAUUGCAGAUAUGUUCAAAGAAUUCAGUGGCACGACGGUUCGAAAGGUGACAGGUUUUACAGCGUGCUUACAACUGCACAGACAGCAGCCUGGAUAUCGUUUGGUGUAUGGAUGCUUUUACCUUUGGUGGCUUGGGCUGGGGUACGUUUCGUCACGAAUCGGCGUCAUCCCGAUCAAGCCUCGGACGUGCCCACGUGAUCCCAAAAGCGUCAACCAAUCAACUUCAAGUGUCUACUGUGAAUAGCUACCGUCCUCUUUGUAAAAUUAAUCAAGGACGUUAUUUUGUUUCAUUUUCUCCGCGAAAAGAUGGAUUACGCGCAUUUAUAUUUUAGAUUUAGAUUUAUUUAUUUAUUUCUAUUCAAGCAAAAGAUAUAAUCCAAGUACACUGUAAACAGUGUAAAUACAUGUUCAAAAUAAUACAUACAGUUCUAUAUUAAACAUUUCAUAACAAAUAUUGAAGAUAAAAUUAUCUAGAAUGAAAUGUUAACAAGAGAGUGUUUUCCUUUCAAUCAGUGAGGUCCAAUUGAAUUCACUCAUAAUACACGAACAAAACAAUAUUUCGAAGUAUUUUGAAGGAAAUUCUGGAUUUGUAGAAUACAAACAAAAUAAAGAAGUUGGCACCUUUCGGGUUUCUCUUGUACUUUAUUAUUUUCUCUUGGUAUACCACUUAUGAUGGCAACAAUCUUAUCACUACUUAAAGGGGAAUCUAACCCAAAUAAAAAAGUUGUUUGGAAAAGGAAAAUCAGACAAAUUGAUCCGUGAAAGUCUGAACAAUAUCGGACAACCAAUAAGGAAGUUAUGAAUUUUUAAAAUGUGUAAAAAUAGGCAUUCAAUAUGGAGAUUUCGAAUUGGCUGCAUUUCCGAUGUCAUAGUAAUGUAAGGCAAGGACUAUUCUUCCACUUACUCCAAUAUAUAACAUGUCAUUUUUUUUCAACAGUUUUAUUUCAAAUUAUAUUGUUCUUUCAUAAGGGCAUAAAACAAUAAACUACCUGGGUUAUGUUUUGAUUAUUGCCCCAGGAGAAUAGGUACUUGAGAGAAAACUACAAGGUCCUGAUAAGUACAUGGCCUAUGGGAAAAUUUUCCUUGCAUCUUGAUUUAAUUCAUUUACCCUGUUGCCAAUUUGAAAUUUACAUAGUCUUAUGGAUCUCAAUUUUAAAGCAGCCACAAUAUUCUUAUUGCUUGACCUAUUUCUUUCAAAUUUUCAACAUUCUGUCUUUUUUUACUCUCUUUUCCAAAACAACAUUUUAUGACCAAGGUUGGAUUCCCCUUUAAUGUUUUCUUUCCUUUUUAUUGCGUGCAAAAUGAUUUCUCUCCCUGAUAUAUAUCAUUUUUAUUUGUUACAUUUCAUUCAUUUUCUAGAAAUUAUUCUUGGGUACCUGUUCUGAGAGUAUUCAAUCCAUGUUAUAUAAAAUUUGAGCGUUUCACGAAUCUUCGCUGAAUGAAGUAAUUUUUUCUGACUUCUGAUUUUCAUUACAGAACGAGCAUGCGAUCUUAAACACAUAGAAGUAAUGCCGGGAAAAAAAAUAUAAUUUCUUCCUAUUAAAGCCUCCUCUGUAAUUAUUUGUUUCAUUGUCCGUAAAAUAAUACAAAUGGUUUUUCGCAAACGUAAUUCAUAGGUUGAUUUGUCUGAGACAUCCUUAAUGGAAUGUAAAUACAUUGUUGAUUCUCAUUUUCAAAAUUGAACUACACAGUAAAAACGCUGUUUACUAUAUGAACCUUACAUUAUUUGUUUAACCGUUUAAACAAUCAUGUUUAAUUUAUUGAAAAUUAGAUAUUGAAAAUUAAACUAUGUUGCUUAAGAAUUAAACAGUUGUUUAAACUGUUUAAACAAUGACUGUAAGGUUCAUAUAGUAAACAGCGUUGUAUAAUUUAUUUUCUACUGUGUACUAUAGGGCCUCAUUCCUAUAUGACUAUUUGCUACAUUGUUGACCAAUUAUUUGACUUUUGUAAAGUCAUUAUAAAGUACGUGUUUAGAUUUACGAGAUUGCUUAAUCUCCUUAUAAAUUUGUAUAUUUGGUUUUUAUAAAAGGAAAUAUAUAUAUAUACAUAUACAAAUGUUUGUUUUAACUGAAUUUGAUCUAGGGAAAAAAAAGUGACACCUCAUACCGCGGCUAGCGGCUACGCGUGUGUGUGCAAAUCCUAAAUACUAAAUGAUUAAUUGUGUUUAAUGAUAAAAGGAUUUCAUUUCAAAUCUCCAGAACUUGGCCUGUGAUGCGCUGUAGUGAUUUUCAAAUUGGCAUUGAUGUUUCUACCACACAUUUUUGCAAUAUAAAGUUCGAGAAAUACUAUUAUUUCAAUUUAAGUUCAGAGUAAUGCAAACAAACAUUGCAAUCAGAAUUAUGCUUUCCUUCUUUAAGGUGGGAGUGAAGUCCAACUCGGCUCCAGGUCGCAGCCGACAAUAAAUGAUGUCAUAGCGAUUUGGAAUUUGUGACUGUUUGUGGCAGAACUUUUUUUUUCAAUACCAGAAAUAAAAUUUAAAACUGUAUGCUACAGAGGAAGAAAAAUCGACAAAAGGAAAAGAGUUUAAAUAAAAAAAACUUUAAAGCCACGCGCGUGCACAGUGUAAUGUAAUGAAUGCUUUGUUAAUUAAAUUGUCCGUUGUAUCUACAUGUAUAUAUAAUCUGUAGUAUUGACAUCUGCUUGGUAUUUGAAAUGUAAUUAUUUGUAUAAAUUUAUAAAAUAUGGACGAUUGUUAUACCUA